CUCCGAAAAAGGCUAAUCCGCGCGUUUCUGAACAAUGUUCACGCAAAAAAUGCCCCGCACUACCAUCCCGCUCGACAUUUCCGACCUCCCCACAUCUUUCCGGUGUCGCGUCAGGUAGGCCCGGUAGAACAUAUAUCCACCAUAGACUCAGAUCCUAGCCCUUCAAAUACAAAGAACACACCUUGCAGCAAGAGUAAGAUUACCAUCAUCAACUCAUAUCUACUGUAACAAUGGCACCAAACUGGGACAGACUUAUUCGCUUCAUCGCCACAGAUGGGCGUGAGCUGCGGGGUCAACCAAUCCUCCCCUCACCAGAAUUUGAUGUCGGUACGACAACAGAAGAGACGAGACUAAAGGCCAAAGUAAUCGAUGUCAAGAACAACGACAUCUUCGACCCCGCCACCAAGGUCACCGAUGAGGACGUCACUGUCAAGAAGCUACUCGGCCCCGUGACCACAGACGAAGUACCCAUCAUCCGGUGCAUAGGUCUAAACUUCAUCAAGCACAUCCAAGAAGGCGGCCGCACCCUCCCUCCUUACCCUUCAACCUUCAUAAAAGCCAACACCUGCCUAAACGACCACGGCGCCCCCAUUGUAAUCCCCAAACUCGCCCAAGACAACCAAGCCGACUACGAAGGCGAACUCUGCUUCAUAAUCUCGCAAGACGCCAAGAACGUCUCCGAAGCCGACGCCUUCAACUACAUCGGCGGCUACACCUCCGGCAACGACGUCUCAUCCCGCAAACUGCAACGCGACCCCCUCCUCGCCGGCACAGUCCCGCAAUGGAACUUUUCCAAAGGCUUCGACACGUACGCGCCUUUGGGACCGCAACUCGUAUCCACGAAGGUCAUUCCUGACCCGUCGAAACUGCAUCUCAAGACGGUGGUCAAUGGGGAUCUGAGACAGAGUUCUGGCAUUGAUGAUUUGUGCUUCAAGAUUCCGACGUUGAUUUCGUAUUGUUCCCAAGGGACUACGCUGAAGAAGGGCACGGUUUUCAUGACGGGCACGUGUGCGGGGGUGGGGUAUGCGAUGAAGGAGCCGCAGUUCUUGAAACCGGGGGAUGUGGUAGAGGUUAAUCUUAGUCCUGAGAUUGGGACUUUGAGGAAUACGGUGGAGUAUGCUUAGGUGGAUGGGUAGAAGAUGAGAUCAUGGUAUGGACACGAGGGUAGUGUGGAUCAACUGAGCUGGCUGGGGAACGUAUGUGUAAUAGUUGUGAAUCUGGUGUGUGUUUUGAACACUCAGGUCUCACGCACUUUUGAUAUGUACUGAAUGUAAAGGGCUUGCACAAGGUGUUUGACAACUUCUCACCAAGACCUAUCAGACGAGAGGAU